GCCUAAUGGAACAAUCUUCAUAUAGCCAAAUGUGAUCAUUUCUCUCUUGUUAACGUUUUGUUUUUAUUAUUAUUAUUUUUAAUUCUUGGAUGUUGUUACUGAAGAGGUGAUGGAACACUCUAGCUACAUCUUUUUGUGAGCAGAGGACCAGGUCGAUGAAGUUGUUUUUCACACGCACUUAGUUUUUGUGUCAUGUUUAGACUGUUGUUGGGUGUUUAUGAAGACGUUACAAAAAAAUGCUUCACAGCACAUCUUUCCUCUGUCUGUGUCUUGUGCUAUCGACUGGUGUGUUUGGUGAUACAGGUGAAGUGAAGUCAGUGUCAGUGACUGAAGGAGAUUCUGUCUUUCUAAACACUGAUGUUAAAGUACAGAGAGACGAUCAGAUACGGUGGAUGUUCGGACCUAAAGAGACUGGAAUAGCUGAAAUCAUUAAAAGAGACCAAAUAAACUUUAUUUUUGUCAGUAAUGAUGAGAGAUUCAGAGACAAACUCCAGAUGGACAAUCAAACUGGAUCUCUGACCAUCAGAAACAUCAGAUCUGAACACUCUGGACUUUAUAAACUACUGAUCCUCAGCAACAGAGGAAACUCAGACAAGAGAUUUAAUGUUUCUGUCUAUGCUCCUCUGCCUGUUCCUGACAUCAUCAGAGACUCUUUACAAUGUUCUUCAUCAUCAGGAUCAUCAAGUCAGAAUUGUUCACUGCUGUGUUCAGUUGUGAAUGUGAGAGCUGUGACUCUCUCCUGGUACAAAGGAAACAGUUUAUUGUCCAGCAUCAGUGUGUCUGAUCUCAGCAUCAGUCUCUCUCUACCUCUGGAGGUGGAAUAUCAGGAGAACAACAUCUACAGCUGUGUGAUCAACAAUCCCAUCACAAACCAGACUCAACACAACAUCAACAUCACUCAACUUUGUCAGCCAUGUGCAGAACGUGAAGAGAGUUCACGUCUCAAGUCAAUAGUUAUUAUAGCACUGCUGGUGAUGUUAGCUGUAGUUGGAGGUUUGAUCUACUGCUACAGAAAGCAUACACAUUCAGAAAAAGAAGAUGAGGCUCAAGAGGAAGAGAUACUUUAUGCUGAUACAACAUUCUGUGCAGAUCGAGUUAAGCGUACGGAUGUCGUUGCACCAGAUCAAAUAUUAUAUUCAUCUGUUAAGAUAUGAAAGACUGAUCAAGCUCAGACAUCUUGUAGACGUCUAAAUUCUCUACUUGCACCAUGAGGAGGUGAAGAUCGAGGAGUGAGGAGGCGUCCUGAGGAGUCAUGAGCAAGGACACACAGAUGUAUCAUAUGAGGAAGUCUUUUUUGAAAAAAUCAUACAUGUCACUUACUUUAACAGGGUAUCUUGCUUUAUUAAUAUUUAUUCUGAAUGCCUUAAAUAAUGAACAUCAAAAACAUAAGGGUAGCUGAUGAUGCUUUGAUUCCUCCAUCCUUGCUUCCUUUCCUUGUAUCUUUUCCUCAUAUCUUGGUGGAGCUAAGACGCGAGGAAAUGUAGCGAGAAAAGGAAAUCCUUCUGCAAAGGAUGCAGAAAUAAGAAAUGAGAAGCAACACAGAUGUCAUGUUGAUAACACCAGUUUUUCCCUUACAUGUGUUUCAUUACAUUUCAUUUAGGAGCAGCUAAAGUUAAAGUGUCAGAUUAGUGAGGUAGUUUUUGUAAAUAUGUAUAUUUUCAUUUCACUCUACAUUUCACAGUAUUAUUUUGUAUGAUUUUAUAUAUUUUGUAACGCUUUAGGAGUGGGUGUCAUAUAUAUUUUUUUCUUUUCCAUCAGCAGUUUUGACUUUAUAAUUAAGUGUCAAGUUAAUAAUGAUGUAAAAGAUCAUAUUUGAGCAGCCAGAGCAUUCGGACUGAGACACAUCUGUUAAGAUUUCUUUUUUCUUUUUUUUUCUGCUGUUCAAUUUUUUUUUUCUAUCAUUUGGUGAUUUUGUUGUUUGUUGGUGUACGUAUUGCUGUUUGUUUCUUUUGGCUGUUGUUCUCUCCUGAAACUGUGCUUCCACUGAUUGAGAGGCAUCAUUGUUCUGUGUUCCUGUUUACAUUGCGUCUCCACCCUCGUCCUAUUUAUAAAAAGCACUUAAAAAGAUUAUCAUUGUCUUACAUUGGUGAUUAUUAAAGUAUCUCCUUAAGACUUAAA